CAACGCCGAGCAGGGGCGACGUACAGAAACUUUAUUAGAGCAACCUCGCACACGCGUCUCCUCCAAGCACACGCGCGCCCGCGCGCGGCCACGCCCCCUCCCGCUGGCCUCGCGCUUCCUCUGCCUUCCAACCUUUCCCCGCCCCAACCCAACUCCUGUAGGGAAGUGGCAACGCUCCGCGAGAUCAACAAGCAACAGCUGAGGCGGCGCGGAGGCGCGCGCGCGCGCGCGCUCUACGGAAGGCCCCUGGAGCCGCCACCGGCGCGAGGCGGCGGUGGCUGCGCGAGAGCCUCCUCCCGCCUUCACCCCACCCACUCGCGGGAUCGAUUCCCGGGCAGGGCCGGGUUGGUGUAAGAUGGAGGGUCUGACGCUGAGUGAGGCGGAGCAGCGCUAUUAUUGCGACCUCUUCUCCUACUGCGACACCGAGAGCACCAAGAAAGUGGCAUCCAAUGGACGAGUCCUUGAGCUCUUCCGCGCCGCGCAGCUCCCCAGCGACGUAGUCCUGCAGAUCAUGGAACUCUGCGGUGCAACAAGGCUUGGAUACUAUGGAAGGAGCCAGUUCUACAUUGCUCUGAAACUUGUUGCAGUGGCUCAGGCUGGGCUCCCACUGCGUAUGGAAAGCUUAAAUUCAGUCAAGGACCUUCCCCUGCCCAGAUUUGUCAUGUCAAAGAAUGAACAGGAACUGAGGCAUUCAUCCUUAUAUUCUUCAGAUGCUGAUAACUCAUCCUAUUCAGGUGCAAUUCCUCCCCCACCAGGCAGAAUACAAGUUAAAAAAGGCUCUGUGAGCCAUGAUGUGGUCCAGCAACGUCCAGCAACAGAUCAACAGGAGUCCACGUCUCCAGUUGUUUCACCACAGCAAUCCCCACCAACCUCUCCACAUACCUGGAGGAAGCACAGCCGCCAUCCCAGUGGAGGGAAUAAUGAACGAUCUCUUGCUGGACCGGGGCCUUUUUGGGCUCCCUUUAGUGAAGCACAGCCAGGCUCCUGUAAUGCUGGUGAUCCAAUGUGGUCUGGCCAUUCACCACCACCGCAUCAAGAAAACUGGGUCAGUUUUGCAGAUAACACACCAACCAGUACUAUUUUAGCCAUGCAUCCUGCUUCUGUCCAGGACCAGACAACAGUACGAACUGUAGCAUCAGCUACAACAACAAAUGAAAUUCGUAGGCAAUCAAGUAGCUAUGAUGAUCCGUGGAAAAUAACAGACGAACAAAGGCAGUAUUAUGUAAAUCAAUUUAAAACUAUUCAACCUGAUCUAAAUGGAUAUAUUCCAGGGUCUGCCGCUAAAGAAUUUUUUACAAAAUCAAAGCUUCCUAUUCUUGAGCUUUCGCACAUUUGGGAACUGUCAGACUUUGAUAAAGAUGGUGCGUUAACACUAGACGAGUUCUGUGCUGCUUUCCAUCUAGUAGUUGCUAGGAAGAAUGGCUAUGACUUACCUGAGAAACUACCGGAAAGUUUAAUGCCCAAGCUGAUUGAUUUGGAGGACUCGGCAGUGGUUCCUGUUUCAGAAGUGGGAGAUCAGUCUGGUGAGGUAGGUUAUGCAAGUUCACCAGCAGAAGCACCUCCAAGCAAAUCGCCAUCAAUGCCAUCACUAAAUCAGACAUGGCCUGAGCUGAAUCAGAGCAGUGAGCAGUGGGAGACAUUUAGCGAACGCUCCUCAAGCUCACAAACUCUGACCCAAUUUGAUUCUAACAUUGCACCAGCUGAUCCUGAUACUGCUAUUGUUCAUCCUGUUCCUAUUCGAAUGACUCCAAGCAAAAUCCACAUGCAGGAAAUGGAGCUUAAAAGAACUGGAAAUGAUCAUACAAAUCCUACAAGUCCUUUACUUGUAAAAUCACCAGAUCUUGCAGAAGAAAAUAAACUGAGUUCAUCUGUAAAAUUUGUAGGGGGAAAUACUGUGGCAGAUGGUUACAGCAGCUCAGAUUCCUAUACUUCAGACCCAGAACAUAUUGGAAGUACUGUAACUAGACAACGGUCACAUUCAGGGACAUCUCCAGAUAAUACAGCUCCGCCUCCACCACCACCAAGGCCUCAUCCUUCACACUCACGAUCAUCAUCUUUAGAUAUGAAUCGGACCUUCACAAUUCCGUCAGGUCAACAGCAGGCUGGAGUGAUUGCCUAUCCCCCUGCAGUGCCUCCAAGACCUCAACCCUCACAGGCUGGAGGUCAUGCUCAUCGCUCAUCAGAUGCUGAAGGUCUAAUCACUCAUACCAGUACUUCGCCUCAACAAAUACCAGAACAGCCAAACUUUGCAGAUUUUAGCCAAUUUGAGGUGUUUGCUGCAUCAGGCAUAAAUGAAAAUGAGGAGGAAGAAAUAGAGAAACACCCAGAAUCUUUGCCGGUAGAAAAACCUUCUGAUUCUGCUGGACCCCUUAGAGUUGCCAAAGCAGAAGGAAGACUUGAGGACAAAGCGGCUUCUAGUACCCCUGCAAAUGUGAGCAAAGGCACCACACCUCUAGCUCCACCACCAAAGCCUAUACGUAGAAGGCCCAAAUCAGAGGAUGAGCUGAGACCUGAAGCUGAGGAGCAUACACAGAAAACAGGUGUCAUAGCUGCUGUUCUUGCUUCCCAGCCAUCUAUUCCUAGAUCAGUGGGAAAGGACAAGAAGGCUAUUCAGGCAUCAAUCAGACGCAAUAAGGAGACCAACACUGUUUUGGCCAGACUGAACAGUGAAUUACAGCAGCAAUUAAAGGACGUUCUUGAAGAGAGAAUUUCACUAGAGGUCCAACUGGAACAGCUUCGACCCUUCUCUCACUUAUAAGCCAAUUGCCGUUAACUGUGAACUAAUUAACUCUGAAAGGGGAAAUUGGGUAAAAGACCUAAUUUAAAGACCCAUUUGUUCAGCUCAGUGCACUCUUAACAUUUUUGUGAUUGUUUUGUCCUCUGUCCACAGUUGUAUUUAAGUAACUUUUAUAAUUUUAAUACAAAGAAUUGGAAUAAGUGUUUCCUUAAAUGUUCUAUAUAUUGGCACUGCCACACCUCCCAUUUUGUUGGGAUUACACAGUUUUUAAGUUGGAGCCAGGUUUGUACAACUUCAGUGGCCUAGAUUCCAAACUGGAAUUGGUUUUCAGUAUUCCACAUCAGAGAUUAUGAAUAAAACAUCCCAGAUGCCCUCUACCUUUUAACACAGAAGCACAUAUACUUAUCAUAAAUGCCUCUUGCACACUGUGUAAGAGAGAAGACUAAUCUGCUGUGGUCAUCUUUCAGUUUAUCUCCAAGCCACUUUUUGCAACGUUGCAAGGCAUCCAUCACUUCAAAGGGCCUGCCAUUUGUAAUCACGCUACACUUUCCAAGUGCCACACACCCUCUUUCAUAUUACCUUGCCGUACCAAAUUUUGGUUGUCUUCUCAUGUUUAUGCGUUUUGUUCAGUGUGACCACAGCUUGAUAGCUCUUGACAUGUUCCCAUUAAUUUUUGCAGCAUACACUUGUGCACCCCUUCUGUGAAAGGAAUGGGUGUUACUUUCUCAUGCACAUUUCCUGAACACCACCUGUAGUUGCAUGCUUUGCACAUGACUGUCUAUUAACUGACACUUCUGCCAGACUUUACUGUAACACUCUGUAGUCCAGAAAUGUGCCAGUACCUCAGUUCUUCUUUCCUAAAUCCCCUAUCCCAGACCCUAUUUUUGUUUUAAGAAGUUUGGGUUGCCAUUUCUCCUAAUGUCUCCAAGCCUUAUUCUUCUGGUUUGUGGACGGGCUUCAAUAACACAAAGUUCCCUGAGUGUCUCCUGCUAUUCAGGUUGAUGUACUGUAUUAGGAUUUGUUGUAUAUUGUAUAAUACACACCUUUUGAUCUCAUAUGUAAAUUUGCAUUAAUGCUGACUAACAGCAGAUAUUCUAUUUAAUGGCUUAUUCUGGCUGUGGGAUCAUAGAUGUUAAACUGCAUGGAUGUAUCUCAGCAGAAUCAGAACUAGCAAUUGUGUGAUUUUUACACCAAUAAAACAGCACAAUAUUUUAA